UUUUCAGUUUCGUACUACAUAUGUUGUUGUGUUUGCAUUUAUGGUCCUCUCUUGCCAACAAGGUUCAUUUUGACAGAUAAUGGAUAAGGAGCUUUAAGAGAAGCCUUAUUUCAAAUGAAGUAGUGGACUAGUCAUAUUUUGGUUGUCAUUUUAGUGGAUGGUUCUUCAACUACCCUUUAAACUAUUUUAUUGAUCAAGAAUGGUAGAGCUCUUGAACAACAGUUUUCGUCAGUUCUCGUUGAACUCUAUCAAGAUUACGUCUUUUAGAGCAAAUGAAGCAAGAACAUUAACGCCAAGGCCGUUCCAGUGCUUGUUAAGUGAAGAUAAGCAACGGGCUAUAGUUAAGAAUGGGAAAGAUUCACUGGAUAUAUGUAGAGUUGUCAAUGGGAUGUGGCAGACUAGUGGUGGAUGGGGAAGAAUUGAACGAGACAGUGCAGUUGAUGCUAUGCUUCAAUAUGCUGAUGCUGGACUUAACACUUUUGACUUGGCUGAUAUAUAUGGACCUGCUGAAGAUCUUUAUGGCAUCUUCAUUAAUAGAGUACGUAGAGAGCGCCCACCAGAACUUCUAGAAACUGUGAGAGGUCUUACCAAAUGGGUGCCACCACCAGUCAAGAUGACACGCAGUUUUGUCAGUGAGAGCAUUGAUGUUUCAAGAAGAAGGAUGGAUGUCGCAGCCUUGGACAUGCUUCAAUUUCAUUGGUGGGACUACUCUAAUCCUGGAUACUUAGACGCACUAAAGCACCUCACGGAUCUCAAAGGAGAAGGCAAGAUUAAGACCAUUGCUCUGACUAAUUUUGACACCGAGAGAUUAAGGAUCAUUCUGGAAAAUGGGAUUCCGGUUGUUAGCAAUCAGGUACAACAUUCAAUUGUUGACAUGCGUCCUCAACAGAAAAUGGCUGAGCUUUGUCAGCUUACAGGAGUCAAACUUAUAACGUAUGGAACAGUAAUGGGAGGGUUAUUAUCUGAAAAAUUCCUCGAUACCAACUUAACGAUACCUUUUGCUGGCCCUGCAUUGAACACUCCUUCACUACAGAAGUACAAAAGGAUGGUUGAUGCUUGGGGAGGGUGGAGCCUCUUUCAAGAGUUGCUCAGGACACUGAAAACUGUUGCCAACAAACAUGGAGUCUCCAUUCCAACAGUUGCUGUGAGAUUCAUACUGGAUCAGCCAGCUGUGGCAGGAUCAAUGAUAGGUGUUCGGCUCGGUCUAUCGCAACACAUUAAAGAUGCCAAUGCUGUGUUUUCUCUUGUUCUUGAUGAAGAAGACAUUAGCAACAUCCUACAAGUUACAAACAAGGGCAGAGAUCUUCAAAAAGUUAUUGGCGACUGCGGAGAUGAAUACAGGCGUGCUUAGAGCCACAAGGGCGGAGAAAUUCACUUAAUAUGUAUAAAUAAUCUAUCGAGAGCCUCGAUAAAAAAAAAAAAGUUUAUGUUUUAAAAUCAAUAAACUUCAUACUUUCUGUAAGGAUCAUUCUUUAUCUUCUCUAUGAACUUGUAUAGAAGUUGUAGUUUUUUAUUUUAUUUAUAUGUAUUAUUGGUA